CGCAGAGAUAUCACAUGAUAAUCAUCAAAGAUAAUUAUGGUUUAAAAAAUGGCGGGUGAAGAGGACGUUGAGUUGAGAGAUCUGGUUGCACAGACGCUAGAGACAAAAGGUGUACUCGGGAAGAUAAGGGCUCAGUUGAGGGCGUCUGUGUUCUUGGCUUUGGAGGAACACGAUUCUGAGAAGAAACCACAUCCACUGGCUAGCUCUAAACUUGCCGAGUUCUUGAAGACAAAAGAUGGACAAUUGACUACAGCUUUAGUUCGAGAGUUUUUAGAAUUUUUUGAGUUGGACUACACGUGUGCUGUCUUCGACCCUGAAUCAAACGCUUUGGAGAGCUAUCCUGGUCGGGGAAAGCUUGCUCAAGAUAUUGGCGUUGACUCAGAAGCGUCCACGACUACUCCUCUACUAGCUAGCAUCCUCCAUAAGUCAAGGCACUCUCCUCCUCCUCCGUCAGUUGCCGUAAAGCAGCUCACAUUCCCCGAGCAAGCCACAGACUCUCAAAUAGUCAAUAGAACUGCUAACUCAAUUCAUAGAAGGCCACUUGAUGAUUCACAACUCCCCCCGUUGAGUCAAGGAAAACUUGGACAGCUAAAAGAAAACGAUAGUAGUCACAAUAACAGCACAUUCACUCCGUCACUACAACCCUUCCUUACCAACUCACUUAAUACAAAUGAGAACAGUAACCUCCGCCCUAAGGAAGUGCCUAAGGACGUACACCCUCACACGGUCACUCAGAAUGGUCUGGAUGAACCACGGAACUUAGUGGAUAUUAGUAUGGACUCACUCAACAACAGAGGAAUACACGCUGAGCUUGGGGAAACCUUCACCGGUGACAACAGUUUGGAUGUGGACAAAUUAUUAAACUCAUCCGAAGACUUGGACAAAGUGGCACAGUUAGCAGGUGUAAAAACAGAAGAAUCGGGUCGAGAUGAAUUAGAUGACUUCUUCGACAAUGCCCUCCCCUCCAAAAGCAACCCAAGUGAUCCAAACAGUUACAUGUCUGAAGACCUUUCUGCUCCAUUAUCAAGCAUCACAGGAAAAUUUGAGACGGAGGACUUGACUCUAUCUGAAAACAGUGUACCCGAUGAUUUUGACUACUCUGAGCAAGUUCACUCAUAACAACACUGCGUAUUCCCCAUUAUUACUCUCUCAUUUGUGAUCUGCUCCUUUAUUAGUUUUAUAUGCACUGACUGUCAUUAAUUUUUUUGUUUUGUUUUGUCUUGUAGCUCUCAUCUGCAGUCAUAAUUAUAUACACAGGUUUAUUACAAAAAAGUCAUAAU